GUUGUGCCUUUGCACCUGAGAAACGGAAUGGAUUUUUUUGUUUUCCAGAUUUUGAGGAUGUAUGAUUUAAACAAUGCGUUCAGGGCAGUGAUGGACAAUUAAAGUUUAAUUAAUUCCUUAAUUAACUUGGACUGAUUGGUGCCCGACUCGCGGCUGUAAACUUUUGUCCUCCAACGCUCCGGUGUCGGAUCAAACACACAGAGCAGCGGACGAAUAGAGGGGUUGAUGGGAGCAGAGUAGAGAAGUGGAAAUGGUCUGCAAUCAGUGCGUCUCUCUGUCUCUCACUUGUUUGUUUCAAUCGUCCAAAACUCCGUCAGGUUUGAACUAUGUGGUUGUAGCUGCUGGACUCAGGUCGGGAGUUUGGAUUUUCACUGUUGGAUCUCCAGGAUGCAUCACCACCUGAACUCACAUGAUGUGCAGCGGAUCUGUGUGACAAGUUCAUUCUAAUCCCCGAAACGCCACCACUUUUAAACGUGACGGAAGUCUCCGAAAGCGCAAUGAUUUUAACAGCUUUUGUCAUUAUACUGUCCUUCCCGGACUCAGUGUUCACCUUGAAGGGUGACGGCAGCUCGUCCAGCCGGCCCGGCCGCCUGGACUGCGUAAAGGCCAGUGAACAGUGUCUGAAGGAGUACAGCUGCAGCACCAAGUACCGGACGAUGAGGCAGUGUGUGGCGGGCAGGGAGAGCAACUUCAGUGCGGUCACUGGUCCCGAGGCGCAGGGCGAGUGCCGCAGCGCUAUAGAUGCCAUGAAGCAGAGCACCCUUAAUAACUGCAGGUGUAGAAGAGGCAUGAAGAAGGAGAAGAACUGUCUCCGGAUCUUUUGGAGCAUAUUUCAGAGUUUACAGGGUAAUGAUUUGCUGGAGUACUCUCCGUAUGAACCAGUCAAUAGCCGGCUCUCAGAUAUUUUCCGCCUGGCCCCCAUCAUAGCGGUCGAGCCUGCAUCUACAAAGGAGAACAACUGCCUGAAUGCUGCCAAGGCCUGUAACCUGAAUGAUACAUGUAAGAAAUACCGCUCAGCAUACAUCAACCCCUGUACUAGCAGGGUGUCUGCCUCUGAGGUCUGCAACAAGCGCAAAUGCCACAAGGCCCUACGACAGUUCUUUGACAAGGUUCCAACUAAAUACAGCUAUGGGAUGCUGUUUUGCUCCUGUCCAGCGGGGGAUCAGACAGCAUGUGCAGAACGACGACGACAAACAAUUGUACCCAUCUGCUCCUAUGAGGAUAAAGACAAACCGAACUGUCUGUCUCUUCAGAACACAUGUAAGACCAACUACAUCUGCAGGUCAAGGCUGGCAGACUUCAUCAGCAAUUGUCAGCCUGAAGCUCACUCUAUAUCUGGCUGUCUGAGAGAGAGUUAUGCUGAUUGUCUGCUGUCUUACUCAGGUCUUAUUGGUACAGUGAUGACACCCAAUUAUGUGCGAUCACUUGGCAUUAGCCUGUCACCGUGGUGUGACUGUGGCAGCAGCGGGAACAGCAAACCAGACUGUGAUAGAUUUGCUGAGUUUUUCACCAACAAUCGAUGCCUACGUAAUGCCAUCCAGGCAUUUGGCAACGGCACUGAUGUUGGAGUUUGGCAACCUCAACCCCCAAUUCAACCUACUAUGCUAGAGCCUAGCAUCACUCGGAGGGGAAAAGACCGAACCAAUAACGCACUGGAUUCACUGACAGACAUGACCAAACUGGAUCUUGGUGAUGACGCAUUUCACAUCUGUGGGACACUUCAGGCACAAAAACUGAUGUCAAAUCUAACGGUGGAUAAUGCUCAAUGUGUGAACCAUCAACUGGAUGAGUCUCGUGACUCAAACGCCAUUGCUAGAAGCUCAGCAGCUGAACUAACCUGCUUACAUCCCUCACACAUGCUUCUCGCACUCGCCUUUGCUUUAACAGCAAUAGUAUUACGUCUUGAAGCUUUCCAGCAUUUGUAGGAUCUGAGGACUAUGGAUCAACACCCAAGAAGUGAUUCACCUAAUUUUGAUUUUGACAUUUGCCAAGUGUGACACCUGCAUUUUUGUUGAGAUGGAAAUGAGAAAACACAGCACAGAAAGACAACAGCGGAUUAUAUCUGAGGACUCCAUGUUGACUGUUGCUGAAAAUAGGCUCGCUGAAGCUCUUGCUAAGAUAUCAGCUCAUUUGCCUUCCAUGCCUUGUGGGGGCAAUUUGGUGACUUCAAGAAUCAGAUUCACGCCGAGGAACACUUUUUGUUUUUUUGGGGAGUUAAACCCUGCGAUCUGAUAAGCACGUGAAUAAAUUCACUUCAUUGAAAUGUGUUUCAAUCAGUGCACAUUUGAUUGAAUGGACUGCCAAUGUGCUGAACAGUGUUUUGGGGAUAAAGUGGAUCACUCUCUGCAUACCUGUGCUUUGAUUUGUCCAGCCAAUAAACUUGCUUUAGUCCAACAAAAGGAAAACUAAGUGUUGAUAUAUACAGUACAAGUGCUGAUCUAUAAUGUGUCACCUGGGACAUCAAACAUAACUCAUCGAUACACUGUGUGGAAUAUGAUUCAUAAAACAUUUUCAUCUCAUUACAUUUUGUCAGAAUAUCCUCAAAGGACAAAGACAUAUCAGCAAGGAGAAAGUAACAAUUUCCUCUAAUACAUGUCCAGUACUAGCUAUAGAUCAGUUUUGUAGAUUUAUUUGAUUGUUAUGGUGGUUGGUGGUUUUAUCACAUCACCUCUAAAAGAACAUUUUGUACAUAUGAAACAUGUGAAAAGUGUACACUCUAUUACAGUAUGCUGCCGUUAGCUUGUAACAUAUUGUCUGUAAUGUUUUUGAGAGUCUAUGUUAGUAUUUGGUGACUGAGGCCUCUCAGCAUUAUCCGGCGUAGCUACAGUAUGAUUUACAAAAUGUGACGGGGUAUGGUUCUUUAAUAAUGUGCUUACAGAUAUGACUAUUGUGUGGUUAUAUUUUGAUUGCUAAGUGCAUAAUGUUAUAUUAAAUAGUAUUUUUCUUCAGGAAUAUCAAACUAUCUGUAACAAAAGCAUAAAGAAUUUUCAAAAGCGUCUUUAAUGGCUAAAAACGAAGUAAUGUUAUUCUUCUGUUCUAUGGAAAGUGAUUAUAUUUUGAUGGUUUGAAACAGAUUCCUCAGACUGCCCCUAUUGGGUUUGAUUUUUUUUCACAUUGUUGUGCCCUGGUAAAGAGCAAAAGGACAGGAAUUUGAUAUAUAUAAAGAAUGUGUACAUAUCAACAAGUUGAGCAAGACAAAAGCCAGUAGACAUAAAAUGCUAGCAAUUACUACUGAUGCAAAUGAAGGACAAGAUGAAAACACUUGCAUAGUAAUUAUAAACUUAAUGAAACCCCUAAUUAUUAAAGACAUUCAAAGAAUGUACAACAAAAUGACGUUGAACACUGAAAGCUUGUUUUUUAAACAUCCUUGCCAUUUCUAAAAAUGUGUCAAAUCACGUCCAUGUAUGAUUCCUGCAGACAUCUAAAGUAAAGCCUGUAAUGAUGCACUUCAAUGUAUCAGCACUGGAUUUUUUUUUUAAGGUUUUGGUUAACAAACACAACGUAACUGUUAACCUAUAGAUAUUACCAGCAUAAACUUGACAACAUCUCGUAUACAAGGCCACUUUUAUGUACAAGGAGCAUACAUCUUAAAAAUGUGGUCUUCUGUUCAGUAUUUGCCAAAAAUCUGAAAUAAAAAUGGUGAACAGUG